AAGACCCACGGACCACCGAAACGUCACGAUCCUCUGCCCAGACUCAUGCCAUUCACCCUGUGAUCGGAAUUGACUUGUAAAAGUCACUGCACGCCCAAUUCAUUGCAGCUCUCCAUUCCUGCGCUUCGCCACCACGGGGACAUCUUCUGUGUCGACCCUCUUCUCUCCCCAACCCCGGACACCACACCAGUAGUGGCAGCAAUGGCAGCAAAUAACGAGAAACCCAUCACCUUCGGUGCAACCAUCGUCGACGCUACGGGGCCUGCACCCCCGCUCCGUUCUGCCCCCUCAAACGAAUCGAAUCUUUCGUCAGCCUCGGCUGCAGAAAAGGACGUUGGCAUUGACUCGUCGAACCCCUUCUCUGCUUUCUACAAGCACCCCGAGGCACGACGCUCAAUGGACGGAAACCCCCAAGAGAGCAAGACGCACCUCGACGUCGGCGUAUACGAGCGAGAUCUCGAAGCUGGCUUGCCCCUUUCCGCGGCUACAACCCAACAACCCAAAGUCUCGGUCGACGGCAGGGUCAAAGAGUGCACAAUGUGGCCGUCACGGCAGGCUAUGAUGGAGAAGAAGAAACAGACGAAGCGAGCCAAAGGCUGCAACCUCUUCCGGAACCUGAACAGCAAGCAGCGGUUGUGGGUGAAGAUUAUAAUUGCCCUGUUGGUGGUGGGAGCUGCUGUAGGUUUGGGCGUCGGGGUGUCUCGAGCUGUGGGUGGAGGAGUCUGGUCUGGUGAUGGUCACAACCACCAGAUUCCCAACAACUAGAAUAUGAGAACAUAUCUGCGGGCACCUAGCCCGGACUCGAUACAUUGCAGCAGUUUUGGGCUGCUACUACUAUUCCUACCGCAUAUAUCAGCAACACCACACCCGCUUCACGACACAUAUACAUACCACAUCCUCGAGUUCGAAAUCUCAAGGAUCCAUAAUUUCGGCGUUCAGAAACCACCGAGCGUGCUAAUACUGAUCGACCAU